AUGACACAGGAUAAUCUGGUCUACACGUUUGUCGACUGUUGUAGUGGUGGUGGUGGUAGUGAUGGACGUGGUGGUAGUGGUAGAGGUAGUGGUGGAGUUCGAGGAGGUGGUGGUGAUGAUGGACGUUGUGGUGGUGGUGGUGGAGGUGGUGGAGUUCGAGGAAGGGGUGGUGGUGAUGGACGUUGUGGUGGUGGUUGUGAUGGUGAUGGAGGUGGUGGAGGUAGUGGUGGUGGUGGUGGUGGAGGAGAUGGUGGUGGAGGUUGUGGAGUUAGUGGUAGCGGUUGUGGUGGAGCUGGUGGUGGUGGUAGUGGUGGAGGUUGUGUUGGUGGACGGACGUGGUAG